AUGAUUUCUCUGAUCGCCGUCAUCAUCCUGUCAGAGCUCAUAGGAACCGAGCCCGAGUCAGACAGACAAAGGAACCGUGUCCCCGUGGUGCCGGGUCUACAAGCUGAAGAGGACCGGAACCGUGUCCCCGUGGUGCCGGGUCUACAAGCUGAAGAGGACCG